AUGAAGAGGCACAAAUUCAGGCUCAUAUAUUCCUUCAAGGCGUAUCAUUUCCAGCCAUACAGGCCCCAAUUAUCCAUCGCACCGCCGAGCUACAUCUCGGCCUCUUCAAGGCUGGCUUCAUUCUUUCGGUUCCUUCUCGUCACACGGUAUAAUCAUUAG